AUGUUCCAUUCAAUGAAUACAACGAAAGCCACACUCGAAGCUUUAACAAAACAUGAAAUUGUUAAAGAUGUCUUCAAAGGUGUAAAUUUCCAACUGAAGGGUAAUUUGAUAGUCGAUUACCCUCAACCGGAUGCAACGGUUGCUAUGGGUAACAUGCUGGCAGCGUCAAAGACACAGGACAAACCAAAAUUGCACUUCCAACCAAAUUCAGAUUAUGAAUUAGAUACUAAUGGUCAUUAUACGGUGGUUAUGACAGAUCCUGAUGCUCCAUCGAGAUCAGAUCAUAAGUUUUCUGAAUAUUGUCAUUUUGUUGACACUGGAAUUAAAUUUACUUCGUCUCAGGGCGGAUUGAUUGCGAAUGGUAAAAUCCAACAGCCAUACAUGGGACCAGCACCACCAAAGGGUACUGGACCACAUCGUUACAUUUGGCUAUUUUUCAAAGAAAAUGAUGGUAAAUUGUCCACUCACGUCAAAGAUAGACCAAACUGGGGGUACGGUACCCCGGCUACUGGCGUCGCUAAAUUUGCUAAGGAAAACAAUUUAGAAUUAUUAGCUGCAAACUUUUAUUUUACUGAACAUAAAUAG